CAGGAACAAAAUGGCUGCAACGGGCGACGACGCAGCAGCUAUGGACAGCAUCUCCAGGGCACCAACGGUCCAUUCAGCGGCUCUGAACCCGGUGGCAAGCACCAGCAGUCAUGCAGAAAGCCCGGAGGUUGUGGCCGAAAGCCCGGCGGUAGUUCUCAAAAAGCCUGGCACAAACAGUGAUGGUGUGGAGACAGCAGAGGAGGCUGUGGAGCCUGCAGAGCCUGAUAUCAAUGAGUUGUGCACAGAUAUGUUUGAAAAGAUGGCCGUCUUCCUGCAAGGAGAACUAACAGGAACUUGCGAGGAUUACCGUCUGUUGGAAAACAUGAACAAGCUUACUAGUCUGAAGUACAUGGAAAUGAAGGACAUCAGCAUCAAUAUUAGCCGUAACCUGCAGGAUCUCAAUAACAAGUAUGCCAGCCUACAGCCCUACUUGGACCAGAUAAAUCAAAUUGAGGAGCAAGUGUCUUCACUUGAACAGGCUGCUUACAAACUGGAUGCGUACUCCAAGAAACUGGAGGCCAGAUUCAAAAAACUGGAGAAGCGAUGAGGGAGACGAAGAGAGUUAUGGUGCCUUUUCACCUUCUUUAACCCAGCUCGGCCUUGCCUUCCUCUCCUCCUGCCAGCGGAGCCAGGAGCUGCGGGGAGGAUGUGAACUGAGACUGAAACAAUAAACAGUCAGAGCCAUUUAGACACCUAGAAAUGACUGAGGAGGAAGCAGCUGAAGGCACAUGAAUUAGUCCCGCGGUGCCGGUCUUAGAUUUAACUCCUGUAUCACCGAUUUUGGCAGCAGUCGCACAGCCAAAAUGUACAAGUGUUUGGUUAUAUUCCCACUUUCUUUUGCAGAUACACUUUGUUGUGGAAUAUAUCUGCCUAAUUAACAGAAUAUGCUAACAAAGUGGUGAAAUGAGAAUAUACUAAUUUACUACUAACCAAAAAGUAAUGAAGCAGAUUGACUUGUACCAAUGGAGCAAUAUAAAAACACCUGUCCUAAGAAAAUAUUCUGUGAUGAAGCAUGCUCAGAUCUGUUUUGAAUAAUGUCCCAGCCCUUUUAUUAUGAUCUCUGUGGGCAACCAACCUCUUGACAGAUUAGUAGUAGUAGCUUUGACAUUGGGAUUCUUUUUUUGUCACUCAUUUACAUGUCUGGUGGUGUAAACUACCAGAAACUGGUUAAAUUAUAGAAUUUGCUACAAAUGAAAAACUACCGUGUCGAGAGCACUUGAAAGUCACACACAGCUCUGUAGAGUGAGCUUAAAGUUUGCUGGUUAAAAUUAAAAAUAUUUGAUAUGAAUAGAUUAUUGUAUUGUGUCUGUCUUUCGAUAUUGACACUGAGAACUGGAGUUUUUUUGUAAAUAAACCACGAUGUAC